AUGUCUAUAGCAUCAUCACAUUUUCGAAAAGAAUGUUUGACCAUAAAAGCACGCACUGGCUCUUUAAUAACCGUAUUUAAUUAUUUUGCUAGAUUUAGCAACGAAACUGAAGAUUAUGGUGAAUGCUUUGAUUGCUGCAAAAAAAAUACAGACAAAUUUAUUCAGAAUUCCCAAAUUCACGCUACAUCAAGAGAUCGUGUUUUUGAAUGGAUUCCAUAUGAUCAACUAACAAAUUUUAAAAUUAUUGGAAAGGGUGGUUUUGGUGUCGUUCAACAGUCUACAUGGUUAGAAGGACAGAUUGAUCAGAUCAUAGGUUGGAAUUCUUUACGGAAACAAUGUGAAAGGCAUGGCAAAACAAGAGUUGCCGUAAAAAUUUUAGAUUAUUCUAGAAAAAUGACUGCAGAUUUUUUAACCGAGAUGAUUCCACAAAUCCGAUACGAACCUGCUAUUCCUAAUAGCUUGGUAUUUCAUCUGAUAAGAUAUCUUGGAAUUUCAAAAAAUCCUGCUACGCAAGAAUAUGCAAUUGUAAUGCAAUAUGCAGAAGGUGGAAAUCUUCGAAACUAUUUGGAAAUGAAUUAUUCUACAUUAAAUUGGGAAAGAAAAUUAUUUAUGCUGCAAUAUAUUGCAGAAGGAAUAACAAUCUUACAUGAAGAAAGUUUACUACAUCGAAAUCUGCACAGUGGUAAUAUUCUUAUUCAUAAAGACAUUCCCUUGAUUGGUGAUGUCGGUUUUUGUCGUCCUGUAGAUAAAUUGAUUCAAUCAGAGGAUAAAGAAACAUAUGGAGUUAUGCCAUUUAUGGCGCCCGAACUUUUGAGGACUGGCAAAUAUACAAAAGAAACAGAUAUUUAUGGUUUUGGUUUAAUAAUGUGGGAAGUAUGUGCACAUCGGCCACCAUUCAAUGAACGUCCUCACGAUAACAAUCUUGCCAUGGAAAUAUGUCUAGGAGAACGGCCACUAAUUGGAAAAGGAACACCAGAAACACUUGCUGCGCUGAUUAAAAAAUGUUGGGAUGGGAAUCCAAAUAAUAGACCAACCGCUAAUGAAUUAUUUCUCAUUCUCAAAUCAUGGUAUUCAGACCUAUCACAAGAAAGUCCGACAGAGUAUUAUUUUGAAUUCAAAGCUGCAGAUAAAAUCAGACAAGAUAUGUUACAAGAGAUAACAGAACCAUGUUCCAUUAAAAAUCAUUCUGAAGCACAUUAUCAAA